AUGGCCAGACCGCAGAACUGCUCCCCGCUGUGCCUGCCCGAAAUGCGGCUCGUGGAUCGUUGGCAGAAGUGCCAGGAGGGCGGGACGGGAUGUCUCUGCCCCUUGAUCAGAUGGGGAGUGAUGCCCACGGUGACGGUACCGUCCGACACCUCAGCGGUGCCCACACACACAGACGAGGAAUGGAGAGACAGGCUCCGAGACAGCCGCGAAAAUGAGAUGCAGAGGGUCAAUGCAGGCCAUGACUUGACUCCGAAUGCGAUUGUCGCUUAUUGGGCCGGGACUUGUAGAAGUUGCAUCGAGGGGCCGCUGGAAGAGGCGCCACAAGGUACCGAGCCGUUUGCCAUGAGCUGA